AUGGCAUCUUUUCCGGAAAGAUACCGCAAAGUGCAAGUCACCAUUUUGGCCUCUGAAUGGGGAUCGAGCAAAGGAGGGCUGUCCACCAUAAACAGAGAAUUAGCCAUUCAGUUCGCAAAAUGCCCUGAAGCGGAAAUCACUUUCUUUCUUCCAAAAUGCAGUCAAGAGGAUAAAAAGCUAGCCCUCCAACACAACGUAAAGAUCGUUGGGGCAUCACGCCGGCCUGGCUUUGAAGAACUGGAGUGGCUUAGCUUUCCACCAGAACAUUUACAAAUAGAUGUAAUCGUAGGUCAUGGAGUUAAACUCGGCAAACAAGCACAAAUCAUUAAAGAACGUAAGAACUGCAAAUGGAUUCAAGUCAUGCACACAGACCCAGAAGAACUGGGAAUGUUUAAGAACUAUUCCGACCCCAUUUCCAAGGGUGAAGAGAAACAUAAAACAGAGGUAGAGUUGUGUGAAAUGGCAGAUCUCGUUGUAGGAAUUGGACCCAAGUUGAGUGAUGCCUUCCGCUCGUAUCUUCGAGGAUGCAAGAAAGAUAAAAGUGUGGUGGACUUGACACCUGGAGUAUUUGAAGAAUUUGUUAGUGUGAUUCAGGACACUGAAGAAAGGAAACAACGCAGUGUCUUGGUGUUUGGUCGUGGGGACGCAGAAGACUUCGAACUAAAGGGAUUUGACAUCGCUGGAAAAGCGGUCGCUGCAUUACAAGAUACUCGUCUUGUGUUUGUUGGCGCCCCAGGUGGAAAACAUGAAGAAAUAGCGAAGCGGUUAACCAGAUGUGGUGUUCCUGCAAGUCGCUUGAGAGUAAGAAGAUUUAUUGAGGACCGAGAGAGUUUAAAGCGCUUGUUUCAAGAAGUGGAUCUUGUAGUCAUGCCUUCACGAACAGAGGGCUUUGGGUUGGCGGGACUUGAGGCCCUAUCAGCUGGUCUCCCCGUGCUUGUCAGUCACAACUCGGGUUUUGGAGAAGCACUGUGCAGUGUACCAUUUGGGUCAUCCUUCGUAGUUAAUUCAGAGAACCCCACCGAUUGGACCGCAGCCAUCACAAAAGUCUGGGCCAAGGACAGAAAAAGUCGACUUGAGGAAGUGGAAACUGUUCGCGACUCGUACGACAAGAAAUACAACUGGGCCAAACAGAUAGAACAUCUUCUUGACAUAAUGAUCAGCAGGAUUCACGGUAUGAAUGGGAACUAUUUGUUAAUUUAAUCUGUAAAAAGCACUUAAUUACCACACCUGCUAAUAAUGGCAGCAAAUGUAAAUCAACCAGUGUAUUUUGGAAUAGCAGGGUGGGCUGUCAGCUUUUAAGAAUUACCGGCCUUUUUAUCACUUAAAACGGUUCCUGUAAAGAAAGACACGUUGUGUCUUGUUAACGGUUUUAUUUACUUCCAACUUGUUUUACUCACAAUCAACGAAACAAGUACAGUGUAGUGUUUAAUUUCUUCAUUUGUUGUUUUAAGAGAUAACGGUCAUUUUUUCUCCUUGUUUCAUGAAGAUGAUUUUUCAAAUGUCCAGAGAUUGUCAGACAUUUUAAGCCGAACAUUGCCAAUUUCUCACGAGGAUUCCCAGGGGACAAUAGGCACAACGGAGCAUAAUACAGGUAUCUCUAGAACAACAGUAAAUUGGGCAAUAGAAACGUGCAGCUUGUUUUCGAAACAUUGCUGCAAAACGAAUUGAAUGCAAUAGUGCGCGUUUUACCACCUAUGCUCAAACCUGUCUUGUAAGAAAUCAGUAGGUGGCUUCAAGUUGCAAGAAUGCUGUUUUCUGAUUAUUUAGCUACUAAGUGGGAGUCACGCCAUACACGGGAUCGAGGGUGUUACGUCACUUGCCGGUGCUGUAAAACAGCUUUGCCUUGGUCCAGUAAAACGCGUCACAUGUAUCGAACUAAAUUUUGUUGCAAAAGGUAGAACUUCUCUCUUCUUUAUGCGGCAACGAGAUGUACAGUAUGCACUGACUGUAAAACAGCGAGCCCACCACGGAUUUUCUUAAAAUAUUUCUUAGUGCAAGCCGCGAUUAUCUUAAGAAUGCAUGCCUCCAAACGGUUUGGACAUAGACUGCAAAACAUUAAGGAAUGAAUCUAUAUGAUAGACAGCUCUAGCCUUUCAAUGUUAAUUGUCGGAAAUUGUAUGUGUAGUACGAUUCAGCAACCGGAAUGGAUAUGAUUCUGAGUCAUCAGUGCAAUUGCUAUUUGACUGUUGUAUGUUAUUUGUUUGCCAGGUGAGUGUAGUGUCCAAAGAAAGAAGAGAAACAAUGAAAAGGACAUCAUGAAGAAUCUUCAAACUGGAGCAAAAGUCCGAAAAACUAUGGACUAUAUCAUGACUUCCGGAGCUACAAGUAAGAGCUCAUGAGAUACACCUGUGCUUUACCGCAAAUCUUCUAAUUUUACAUAAAAAAGCUCAACUUCGUUUCGUUCCAGUAUCUCUUCAAUGGCUUUUCCUUCCUUCUUCCUCGUGCCGGGUGCUGGAAAGAGAAAACACCCUGAAAACGAGGUUGGAAAAAUGGUUGUAGACGUUCUGUGCUUUGUCGUUUUGUUACCUCAUUUAAAUCACACGACUGUUUUUUGGGUGAACGUUUCUUUGCAAAUUGAUUCUUUUUACGCUCGUGCAAAUGAGGCAUUCUUCCAGAGGUAACGUUUGACUUGUGAUAGGAGUGAGGCAUAAAGCGAGUAAGGUCCAAACCCCGAUUUCAAGGCACAUAGGAUUUCACUUUACUGCCAAAAGUCUAACAAGCAAUUGAAUUAAUAGCAAUUUUGUUCGAUUAUUCUUUUAGACCUUGAGUCAACUCAGUUUUCCUCCACCAAAGAAAGAUCAAAUUAUUCUCGAUUGUGUCGUCUUCUAAUCAGCUUGGGUUCAAAAGUCCUCAGAGAAACCUUUGACAGAAUAAUUCCACCGCAAAGUCUUCAAUGCACUUUGAAACGUAACCCAGCUCACGCUAAGCUGCAGUCACGUCGAAAUGAAGGAAUAUUAAACUGCUUUCAGUGGAGUAAACUGUAUCCUACCUCACCCUCUGAGGUUUCAUCAGCAGGUUUCGACAUCCCCAUGCUAAUGGUUCUUCUAAGGACAAUCUGUGAUCUGAGUCCUCCACCCGCUGGUUGGGAUGCUCCUCCUCUUCCCGAAGACAUAAGCCGUGAGUCUGACAUUGCGCGUUUGAAGUAUUUCAUGAAUGCUGUAUCUAGUCAUGCUGGAGAAGGUUUUGUUGGUGAUGCUGUAUUCAGUAGCCACUGGCAGCAGAUCCAUGACACUAUGGUUCGAUUGGGAGGAGCUGAUUAUGAAGAUUUCAUUAAUGAAAUGCGGGAUCAAGAAAUGGACCUCCUAAGUGAGGAACAUUUCAGGGAACUUCUGAAGCAGUGGAGGAAUGUGGAGGACAAUAUCAAAGACAAACUGAAACAAUUGGAAAGCGUAGAGGCUGUUAAUGUGGCAGGUGAGCUUUGUUGGCAAAAAACACUACUCCUGUUUUAAUUUUUUAUGGUUUAUCCUAAGUGUUCGCCCCACAAUAGGUAUUCAGAAAUGUCGGUUUCAUUGCGUAUUCUCCCUGCAAAUACUACGAAUACAGUCUGCGUCUCCUUGUUUCGCGGUAUGCAAAAUAAAAUAUAUGCAAAUAAAAUAUUAAUACAUUAUUGUCAAUUCUAAACUGACUCCACGUGGACAAAAACAAAAGCACUGUCCUGUUAACCUAUAAAACAGUUAUUUUCAUGCUCUUUUAGCUGAUUUAAGGCUAUUGUCACCAUGAUUCGCUUGUUGCUCCCUGCAGUGCUUCCUUUUACUACCUGUUCUGUUUCUUGAUUUAAAGAAACGAAUACAGCUUUUUUAUUAUUUUGCAGUCUUGUUUCAGUUCGCACGGAGGAGUGUACUGUUACGGUUUAAGACCACUAAGCCGUGAACGUUUGAACGUUUACGUUGUUCCAAUUUUACCUGUUUUGUACAAGUAAACCAGUCGUGUUUUCAUUGGGAAUAUGUUCAGCUUUGUGUUUUUAAAGUUUUUGGUCUCACGCUACCGCGACUCUCUAAAGGACAGAAGGACAGUCGGGGCCGGUCCCGCCGAAGGUGUAUGUCUUAGAGAGAGUUUACUGUGCCAGCUAACAACGAACAGUGCUUGACUUCCCACUGAUGGAGAGCUAAGCAGAAAUUGUCUGGGCUAUUGUAACUUUAUUGGCCCUUUUUGUUUUUAAAUGCGGAACGUUUUUAAUCCACUAGUAUCUGUAAAAUGCCACGCAGUAUAGGGACAUUUCUACUUUCAACUUUUAUUAGUCUGCGCUCAGUAUUAAACAGCGUUAUCAUAGCACUGCAAUGAAAACGCCAUCUUUUCACACGUGGAGGUAACAUAAUCGAUAAACAUUUAUGGUUUGUUCCUUACUGUACAUGUUUAGCCCUUUUAAUUUCCCAUCAGACGUUCUCGGGGAUAGGUUAUUACGCUGCCGUGUUAUAUUUAUCAUGGCUUCAUGAAAUGCAAUUGUUUUUUUAAGCACAAGUGAGAAAUUUUAACACACCAAACUAACUGCAUCUUAUAUCGUUUUACUAUUUUAGGUUCUUCAUUGCCAGUCGAUAUCGUUGAAAAGAUCCGUCAGCUCUACGGAACACGUGAACAACGCCUUCUACCCGUUCCUUGGUGUGACGAUUUCAGCUUUCAUCUCAAUGAAAUUUUUACUAGAUUAAAGAUCGUAAGCAAAGAAAAGACCCGAGGUGAACUUUCAGAUGACAUAACCAAUAUGACUGCUAUCUUUAAGCCGCACGCAGAGUGCCAAAGGCCACGGACAGUCUUACUUGAGGGAGAUCCUGGCAUGGGAAAAAGCACGUACUGUCAGAAGCUGGCGUAUGAUUGGGCUACUAAACAAGAGCAAUGGGACACGUCUUUUCCAAAGAUUGAAGUGCUACUGCUACUGAGAUGUCAUGAAAUAAGGUCUACCAUCUGGGAAGCUAUUGAUGAUCAAAUUCUACCUGCGGAAAUUGACGAUCAAACUAGAGAAUGUUUUUUUAGGUUCGUUCGUGAAAAUCAACCAAAGGUUCUAUUUUUACUUGAUGGAGUGGAUGAAAUGGAUUCCAGUCAACAACAGAAAAUCUUUGACCUUGUUGAAGGCAAAGAACUCUCGGGUUGUCACGUUGUACUUACUUCUCGUCAUGAGGUGGGAAGGAAAGUUAGGAGGUACUGUGACACUUUGUGGGAGAUUGUAGGGUUCUCCGAGGAAGACGUUAAGAGUUUUAUUUGCACUUACUUCAGAAAAAUCAAAAAGGAACACUUAGCUAAGAAUUUGAUGGAAAAGAUUUGGAAUUCGUAUGAGCCCUCCGAAGACUUGGAUGAAUUGACAAAAAAUCCCUUAAACGUAACUUUACUCUGUAUUCUUUGUGAAGAUUUUGAGGGCGUUUUUCCCGCGAGCAGGACUCAGUUGUACACUGAGAUUGUCCUUUGUGUUUUAAGACGAUAUGAGAGAAAGGAAGGAUUAUCAAGCAAGAAUGAAGACCUAAUGAGCAUCUACAAAGACGAUUUGAUAAAUUUGGGACGAGUGGCGUUACAGUCUCUUCGAAAAGGAGAAUUACAUUUUGAAGAACACGAAUCUGGCGGUACCUUUGUUGUCUUAUCCAAGUUUGGUUUUCUGUCACUGCAAUCUAGUUUUAGUAAAAGGAAAACGUGUGUGCGUUAUGCAUUUCUCCACAAAAGCUUCCAGGAGUUCUUUUCUGGAUUUUAUCUUGCUUGCCAAAUUCUUGACGAAGAAAUUGAGUGUGAUUCAGUAGUAACUGACCGGAGUUUUCGGUCUGAUCUGAGUCAAGUCUUUUUGUUUAUGACUGGAAUUUUAGCCUCGAAGAGUGAGAGAAGCGCAGAGUCUCUGGUACAAAGUAUGGCUGCAAAAAUUAACUUGAUACAUAGAAGACGUGGGUGUAUUUUAGGACUUUUUCAAUUAGCUUUAGACUGCGUAUCGGAGUGCACAAGUUUAGCUCCAACUUUAGGGAAACACCUUAACUUAACCAAUUUGUAUUUGAACGAAAACGAGAUCGAUGAUUCUCGUGCUUCUUCCCUUUCCCAGACUCUUUCAGCCAACUCCUCCUUAACUUGUUUGGAUUUGAGUGGGAGCGCCAUUAGUUCUGCUGGCGUUUGGUACAUUUCUGAGGCCCUUGCAGUCAGCUCCUCUAUGACUAGUUUGCUUUUCAAUGGGAACGGGAUCGGUGAGUCUGGUGUUGCUUCUCUUUCCCAGGCUCUUUCAUCCAAUUCCUCUUUGACUCAUUUGGAUUUAAGUCGGAAUUGGAUUUUCCCGUCUGGUGUUGCUUCUCUUUCCCAGGCUCUUGAAGCCAAUUCCUCCUUAACUCAUUUGAAUUUGAAGGUGAACGAGAUUCGUAAUUCUGGUGUUGCGUGUCUUUCCCAGGGUCUCGCGGCCAACUCCUCCUUGACUAUUUUGAAUUUGAGAAGUAACAGAAUUUCUGAUUCUGGUGCUACUUCCCUUUCCCAGGCACUUGCAGCCACCUCUUUAACUAAUUUGGAUUUGAGUCGAAACUGGAUCAGUGAUACUGGUUCUACGUCCCUUUCCCAGGCUCUUGCAGUCAACUCCUCCUUAACUAGUUUGGAUUUGUGUCGAAAUUGGAUUGGCGAUUCUGGUGCUACUUCCCUUUUCCAGGCUCUUUCAGUCAACUCCUCGUUAACUUGUUUGAAUUUGAGGUGGAACAGGAUUGGUGUUUCUGAUGCUGAUUCCUUUUUCCACCCUCUUGCAGGUAACUCCUCCUUAACCAGUUUAAAUUUGAGUCGAAACUUGAUCGGUGACGAUGGUGCUGAAUGUCUUUCCCAGGCUCUUGCAGCCAACUCUUCCUUAACCAGUUUGGAUUUGAGUCGGAACAGGAUUGGAGAUUCUGGAGCCUCUUCCCUUUCCCAGGCUCUCGCGGCCAACUCAUCCUUAACUUGUUUGAAAUUGAGGUGGAAUAGGAUUGGUCCUUCGGGUAUUGCUUCUCUUUCUCAAGCUUUUACAGGCAGCUCUUCCUUGACUAAUUUGAAUUUAAAUGGCAACGUGACUGGU